UUAGCUGUCUUGCUGUUUCUCCAAUGCAGCUCUGCUUGCAAACUGGUCUGUUACUUUACCAACUGGUCCCAGUACAGACCAGCCCAGGGGCGCUUCCUUCCUGAGGACAUUGACCCCAACCUAUGCACUCAUCUCAUUUAUGCCUUUGCUGGCAUGGACGACAACCGGAUCACCACUGUGGAGUGGAACGAUGAGCAGCAUUACAAGACUUUCAACGGACUCAAAAGCAAGAAUCCUGGGCUGAAGACCCUCUUGGCCAUUGGUGGUUGGAAUUUUGGCUCUGAAAAGUUCUCCAGCAUGGUGUCCAUGCCUGGUAAUCGGCGGACAUUCAUCCUCUCUGUGGUUGAGUUCCUGCGCAAGUAUGAAUUUGAUGGUCUGGACCUAGACUGGGAAUAUCCAGGUGCAAGGGGAAGCCCACCUGAGGAUAAACAGCGUUUCACUGUUCUGGUCCAGGAAAUGGCUGAAGAAUUCAAGGAGGAAGCCAAGAGGACAGGGAAAGAGCGGCUGCUGUUGACUGCUGCUGUGGCAGCUGGGAAGGAAAACAUCGAUGGAGCCUAUGAAGUCGAGAACAUCUCAAAGGCCUUAGACUUCAUUAACCUCAUGACGUAUGACUUCCACGGUUCCUGGGAAAAGAUCACAGGACACGUCAGUCCUCUCUACAAAGGGAAAACCGACACUGGAUCUGCUGUGUACAGUAACACUGACUAUGCUGUGACGUACUGGAGGAACAAGGGUGCUCCAGCUGAGAAGAUCAUCAUGGGAAUCCCCAUCUAUGGACGGUCUUUCACCCUCUCUUCCUCCGAGACAGAGGUUGGUGCCCCUGCCUUUGGGCCUGGAUCACUCGGCCCUUUCACUCGAGAGGCAGGAUUCUGGGCCUAUUAUGAGAUCUGUACUUUCCAGAAAGAUGGCACCACCAAAAGGAUUGAGGAACAGAAAGUCCCGUAUUCCUUCAAGGAGAACCAGUGGGUGGGGUAUGACGACCAGCAGAGCAUUAAAACCAAAGUUCAGUAUCUGAAGAAGAAAAGUCUGGGAGGGGCCAUGGUCUGGGCCAUUGAUCUGGAUGAUUUCAGCGACUCAUUCUGCGGCCAGGGGAAGUACCCUCUUCUGCAAACUCUGAAGAAAGAGCUGAGAUGCGAUGCCGAUAACAUUGUUCUUUCUGCUAAUGCCUCUGCAGGGCCGGUUCAGACAACGCCUGUUCCAGAAACCACCGUCAGCACCACUACAUCACCGCCAACUGUUUCAUCCUCAACCCUCAGCUUCACUACACUACCAUCCAUCCCUGCGACAAGUACCAACUCCACGACCAGCAGGUUUUGCCUCCAUAAGGCCAAUGGGAUCUACCCAGUCCCCGAGGCCCACGCCAUGUUCUACAUAUGUGCCAACAGGCGCACCUUCCGAAUGUCCUGCCCGGAAGGGUUGAUUUUCGACUACUUAUGCAAAUGUUGCAACUGGCCUUAAAAGCAAAGAGCCUCAAAUCACCUUCAAGGAGAAUGAAAUAAGAGAUUGAUUCGUAUCAGCUCAGAUAGUUUAGUUUCCUCUGCCAUCAAAUCCAAGCUUAGGAGAUGGUCUAUAUUGCAGGUGUCUCCAGCAACCUUCUUCUCUGUCCUGGGUGAGUUACUUUCAGGGGCAACAACCAUCGCAGUAAUACAGGUCAGAGUUAGGGAGGAGAGUGAGCGGAAGCAGAAUAUUGGCACUGACAAGCAGGGCUGAUGGAUUUUCAAACUGUCGUGCAUUUAUUUCUUCAUUUUGCAUUGGUCUCUUUUAGAGUCUGGCUUCAUCCUCUGUCCUUAUUUCAUGUUUGUUUGCUCCAAGAAAAUAAAGCUUUCAUUUGUAAAUGAA